UAUACGAGAAAGGCAAAAACUGUCAAUAAAUAGACGGAGGCGCAAUUUACGAUACUAGUUUGUGAUACAAAAUCGAAUUCAUUAAUGAAUUUUCUCGUUAUGCGUAAAAUCCAGUGAUAUUUUAUACACUUAUUAUUUAAACUCAAAUGGAGAAACUAAAUAUGGAGCCUGGUGUGAUUCGCAAACUUGAUGAGGUAGUGGUGAACCGAAUCGCUGCAGGAGAAAUCAUACAGCGACCGGCAAAUGCAUUGAAGGAGAUGAUAGAAAAUAGCCUGGAUGCCAAGUCGACCGGCAUUCAGGUUGUAAUAAAAGCCGGUGGACUGAAGUCGCUACAGAUUCAGGAUAACGGCACUGGAAUUCGUCGCGAUGAUCUGGCUAUCGUUUGUGAACGUUUCACUACAUCUAAACUGAAAAAGUUCGAAGAUUUGUCCUCCAUCGAAACGUACGGUUUCCGUGGAGAAGCCUUGGCAAGUAUCAGUCAUGUAGCGCAUUUAACGAUAACUACCAAAACUAAGGAUGAGAAAUGUGCCUUUAAGGCCUCUUACGAGGAUGGGAAAUUGAAAGGAGACGUCAAACCUUGUGCAGGCAAUCAGGGUACUCAAAUAGCAGUGGAAGACCUGUUCUAUAAUGUUCCAAUGCGGAAGCAAGCUCUGAAAGCUCCCAACGAAGAAUUUCAAAAGAUAUCUGACGUUGUCAGCAAAUACGCAGUGCACAACCCCCAGACUGGGUUUAUGCUGAAGAAAUUUGGAGAAAACGCUACAAUUCGAACACAAGCCAAAUCUACGGUUGAAAAUAACAUUUCACUUAUCUAUGGGUCGUCAAUCGGUAAAUCACUGCUGAAAAUCACCAUCGAUGACGAAAUUCUGCAACUACAAGUGGAUGGGUUCGUAACCAACGUUAAUUUCUCCUUGAAGAAAGGCAUGUUUCUGCUAUUCAUCAACCACAGAGCUGUCGAGUCUACAAACAUAAGGAAAGCUAUCGACCAAAUUUAUUCACUUUAUUUGCCUAAAGGAAUGGCACCAUUUGUUUAUUUAUCCAUCGAACUGAACCCGAACAACGUUGAUGUCAACGUCCAUCCAACAAAGCAUGAAGUACACUUUCUACACGAGGAAGAAAUCAUCGACAAGAUCAAAGAAGCUGUGGAACGUUCACUGCUUGGCGGGAAUGCUUCGCGGACAUUCUACACCCAAGCACUUUUGCCCGGAGCACCAGAACCUGCCGAAACGAGUAAAUUGAACGAUUCAGCGAGUGAUAAACCUAAACUUGAUUACAAGUUCGUUCGGACGUCACACAGCGAUCAAAAGUUGGAUAAAUUCUUCGGUUUGAAUGUGUCCAGAAAUGCCAGUAUGAACGAAAACACAAACGGCGAGCAAGGAGGGUCGUUCAUUCUACCGAAACAAGACAGAUCUAUUAGAGAAACCAAACUGACCAGUGUAUUAAGCUUAAGAAAAGCAGUAGAAGAAGCAUGCGAUCGAAGUCUACGCACAAUUCUUAGUGAAUUAACUUUUGUAGGCGUAAUUGAUCGAAACUGGGUGCUCAUUCAGUACGACACGAAAAUGUUCCUUGUAACGACCCGAUCCUUGUUCGAAGAACUAUGCUAUCAAAUGCUGCUUUUUAAUUUCGAAAAUUUUGAGUCAAUCCUAUUUACGCGCCCGUUGCCGGUCCUGGAACUAGCGAUGCUCGCACUGGAAGACGCAGAGAGCGGUUGGACCGAAGAAGAUGGCUCGAAAAAUGAACUCGCUGAGCGUAUUUUGGAGAUUUUAGUCAACAAAGCACCUCUGAUGAAAGAAUAUUUUAAUCUUUGCAUCAGUGCUGACGGAAUGUUGGAAUCAAUACCAAUCGUUGUCCAAGAAUAUAUCCCUUCCAUGGCUUAUCUUCCUAUGUUCAUUCUCCGCCUGGCGACGGAGGUGGAAUGGGAUGACGAGAAGGAAUGCUUUGAUACGUUUUGCCGAGAAGUUGCACGUUUUUACGCAAAGAUUGCUCUUACCAAAGGUGAUGACGAGUACAAAUGGGAAUUGGAGCAUGCAAUCUAUCCGGCUAUAAAACAGUACCUACUGCCGCCAAAGACGUUUGCCAAAAAUGGAUCUGUUCUGAAAGUGGCUAACCUGCCAGAUCUAUACAGGGUUUUUGAAAGGUGUUGAAGUCAGACAUAUUUUUUUAACAUUUUAAUAAGUGCAUAUUAUACUAAUCAAACAGCAACAUUUUUAUUCACAUUCCUUAAAAACGACUAAAUAAAAGUACUGUCAUAAUUCAAUACAA